AUGGCGGGCAAUAUGUUCCAUUCUAAGAGAUUGUACAAUUGGUACAUCUCAAUCGUCGCCGCAGCAUGUAUGGUGUUAUACGGCUACGACGCCUCUGUUUUCAACUCGGUCCAAGGUUCUGCACACUGGAAAGCGUGGUUCAACCACCCUAGCAGUAAUCUUAUCGGUACAAUCACCACCGUCUACUCGGUCGGAGCCAUUAUCGGCGGUUUCUUCUUCGGAGGACCCAUUGCCGAUUAUUUUGGACGUAAAGUCGGUAUGGGUAUUGGCUGCGUGUUUGUUAUCGUCGCGACUUUCUUGCAAUGCUUUGCUCCGUAUCACAACAUUGGUUGCUUCUUGGGUGGACGAGUUCUUAUUGGUAUCGGACAGGGUAUUGCUCUAACUUCUGGUCCGAUUUACAUUGGAGAACUUGCUCCUCCUCAAAUUCGCGGUAAAAUUAUGACCCUAUGGCAGACGUUCUACUCCGUUGGAUCUUUCAUUUGCUUCUGGGUGAAUUACGGCUGCACAAAGCACACUGCACGCCUCGGUGAAUGGGACUGGAAGAUGGUCGUCAUUUUCCAACUCUUGGUUCCCAUCCUCAUUCUCAUUCUAUUGCCAACAAUUCCGGGCACACCUCGAUGGUACAUCAAGAGACACAACGAUAUCGACAAGGCCCGUAAUGCCUUGCGUCGUGUCCGCGACACUGAGGAGGAAGUCGAGGAAGAACUCACCCACAUUCGCGGAGCUUUAGAAUACGAAAAGGAGGCCAUUUCCAGCACAUACAGUGCUCUCUGGAAAGACAAGUCUAUCCGCAAACGUCUUCUCUUGGCCUUGGUGAUUAACGCCGGACAGCAGUUGACUGGACAGGGAUCUUUGAACUCCUACUCUACCAUCAUCUACCAAAAGGUCUUCACCUCUUCUAGUCAGAUUGCCCUGAUCAACGCUUUGAACGCCACAUUCGGUAUCCUGUUCACACUCAAUGCCAUCUGGAUGAUUGACCGAUUCGGUCGUAAAUUCCUUCUGAUUGUUGGUGGUAUCGGCAUGGGUAUAAUCAUGAUCAUUGUGGCGACGGUCGAAACUCAAACACCAAACACGCCUAGCGGUGCGAAAACGGAGUCCGUUGGUAUAGCACUGGUAUUUUUACUGUUCUUUUUCAUCUUUUUCUACAAACCUUCCUGGGGAGCCACAGUCUGGAUCUGGACAUCAGAAAUUUUCUCCAUGAACGUUCGUGCUCAAGCAGUAGGAAUGGCCUCGCAGACCCAGAACGUCGCCAACACCAUCUUCCAACAAUUCUUCCCAACUUUCCUCAGCCACGACGGAUUCUACGCAUUCUACUUCUUCGCUGGAAUCAAUAUCCUACUUGCAGUCUUCGUGUUCUUCUUUAUCCCAGAGACCAAGAAUGUGCCAUUGGAAGAAAUUGAUGUUCUGUUCGGCGGUGCAAACCACACUAUCCAGGGAGAGAACAUGUUGGCGGAAAGCAAAUUGCAGGGAUCGGCUCACAUCGAACACACCACUGCAAGCAAGGGGGCUCAUGUUGAGGAUUCGGAGGUUUGA